GAAAACAAACAUGGAGGAAUAUGCCCGUGAACCUUGUCCCUGGAGGAUAGUGGAUGACUGUGGAGGUGCUUUCACCAUGGGUGCUAUCGGAGGAGGGGUGUUCCAGGCGGUCAAGGGCUUUCGUAAUGCCCCUGCAGGUGUCGGACACAGACUGAGAGGAAGUGCAAACGCAGUGAGAAUAAGAGCUCCGCAGAUCGGAGGUAGCUUUGCCGUAUGGGGAGGUCUCUUCUCCACCAUCGACUGUGGUUUAGUUCGCCUCAGAGGGAAAGAGGAUCCUUGGAACUCUAUAACAAGUGGUGCACUGACAGGAGCCAUCCUGGCAGCACGCAGUGGGCCGUUAACUAUGAUGGGCUCUGCCAUGAUGGGGGGGAUCUUGCUCGCUCUCAUUGAGGGUUUUGGGAUCCUCCUCACCAGAUAUACAGCACACCAGUUCCAGAACCCUAUUCCCUUUGUAGAGGACCCCAGUCAGUUACCACCAAAGGAUGGAGGUCAGCAGCAGCAGGAGGCAAAGGGACAGUUUCAGUAGAGAGCAACAGGGACUGA